AUGGGAUCCGGAACAAGUACAACUUCAAAUAUUACUCAACCAGUUCCGAAACCUGGCCCGAUCGGUGGUAACGGUGGCAUCAGCAGUACCAUCACCAGUGGUUUAGGAAGGGGAGAGCGAUUCAAUUUUCCUGAACCAGCAGUCAAAUCGUUUGCAGCCGGACGGAAAUACGGGCAGUUUCAAGAACAGGCACUUGCUGACACCCAGAGAUCAUUUCCUCUUUGUCGAGAGAGAGAAUAUAAAUAUCUUGCUAAGAGAGCUGCUAACGGAAUUUUAGUUGAGGGAAGACAUUUAAAUCAAGAACUCCAAGCUGAACGUAUGGCUGCAGAACUAAGAGAGUGUGUGCACAAAACUGAGCGCGAGACCCACCAGUGUGCGGUACGUCUCUACUCAGAGGAAACAUUUUUGUAUAAAUUGCUUAACGCAACGUUGAGAAACGAAGAUUUGAGCAAAGUCACCACAUUAGGAUCGUUUUAUGUGCUUUUGUGGCAAUAUACAGUGAAACAUAGUAUCAAUCUACCUGAACUGACCGUCUAUCGUGGCACAACGCUUUUACCAGGAAUGAUUGAAGGUUAUCAAGAAGCUCUCGGUCAUCCUAUUACCUAUUACGCCUUUACAUCGACAACAAAAGAUUUUCGAGUCGCGGAACAAUUCGGCGGAAACGCAAUAUUCAUUAUUCGUUUGAUAAAGUCGAGAUACCAGGCACAUACUGACAUUGCCUUUCUGUCAAAGUUUCCAGAUGAGCAGGAAGUUCUGCUCAUGCCCGGAUACCAGUUUUACGUUGAUCAAAUCGCAUACGAUUCGGUAAAUAAGAAACAUCUCAUUUACAUGACUGGACGCAAAUCUAUUGCUUCUUGGUAUCUUCGAUUCCAACCAACUCCGCUUGUUCGUUUUGCUUGA